GCGUUGCGGCGGGGUGACCGCCGGGCGGCGCUACGACCCUUCCCGCCCUUGGCCGCCAGGGCCGCGGAAGAGCCCGCCACGCCCGGGGCGCUGCGUCUUGGCGCGGUCGGGGCGGCCGCGGCGCUCCUUGUCCCCCGCUCCAGCCGCGGAGCGCAGGAUGCAGUGCCUCGGCGCCGAGUACCUGGUUUCUGCAGAGACGACCCCCAGGCAAAGAGAAUGGCGACCCCAGAUUUAUAGGAAAUGCACAGAUAAGACCUGGUUAAUCCUGUUCUUUCUCUUUUGGACUGGUUUGAUGUUCAUCAUGGGCUACUCGGUGGUGGCCGGAGCCACAGGAAGACUCCUUUUUGGCUACGACAGCUUUGGCAACGUGUGUGGCAAGAAGAACUCCCCAGUGGAAGGGGCACCUCUUUCAGGGCAGGACAUGACCCUAAAAAAACACGUAUUCUUUUUGAAUUCCUGCACCCUGGACGUCAAAGAUGUAAGGCUCGGUUCCAUCAUCCUUUGUGUAUCCAGCUGUCCUGAAGAGCAGCUUGACACUCUGGAAGAGGUCCAGCUCUUUGCAUACAACAGUGGUUCCUUCCUGUGUGUUUAUAGUUUGAAUUCCUUCAACUAUACCCUGAAUCCAGAUGCAGACUCAUUGUGCCCCAGGCUACCAGUUCCUCCAAGCAAAUCCUUUCCCUUGUUUAACCGAUGUAUCCCUCAAACACCGGAGUGCUAUUCCCUGUUUGCAUCUGUCUUGAUAAAUGAUGUUGACACCCUGCAUCGAAUUCUAAGUGGAAUAAUGUCAGGAAGAGACACAAUUCUUGGCCUGUGUAUCCUCGCAUUAGCCUUGUCUUUAGCCAUGAUGUUCACCUUCCGAUUCCUCACCACUCUUCUGGUUCACAUCUUCAUUGCAUUGGUUAUUUUGGGAUUGUUGUUUGUCUGCGGAGUUUUGUGGUGGCUGUAUCACGACUAUACCAAUGACCUCAGCAUAGAACUGGACACAGAAAGGGAAAAUAUGCAGUGUUUGCUGGGAUUUGCUAUCAUAGCUACAGUUAUCACGGGAGUUCUCCUUGUCCUGAUUUUUGUCCUCAGAAAGAGAAUAAAAUUGAUAGUUGAGCUUUUCCGAGUUACAAAUAAAGUCAUCAGCAACACUCCUUUCCUGCUGUUACAGCCACUGUGGACAUUUGCCAUCCUCAUCUUUUUCUGGGUCCUCUGGGUGGCUGUGCUGCUGAGCCUGGGGACUGCAGGAACUGCCCAAGUUAUCAAAGGCGGCCAAGUGGAAUAUAAGCCUCUUUCGGGAAUUCGGUAUCUGUGGUGGUACCAUUUAAUUGGCCUCAUGUGGACGAGCGAAUUCAUCCUUGCAUGCCAGCAAAUGACUAUAGCUGGGGCAGUGGUUACUUGUUAUUUCAACAGAAAUAAAAAUGACCCUCCUGAUCAUCCAAUCCUUUCAUCUUUCUCCACUCUUUUCUGCUACCAUCAAGGAACAGUUGUAAAAGGGUCAUUUUUAAUCACUUUGGUGAGGAUUCCGAGAAUCAUUCUCAUGUACGUUUAUAACACUCUGAAAGAAAAGCAGCAAAACAGCUGGUCCAGGUGCCUGUUCAGAUGCUGCUUCUGCUGUUUCUGGUGCCUUGAUAAGUGCCUGUGCCAUCUCAACCAGUCUCAAAAGUAUUGAUUUGAGAAGACUCACACGAAAAGGAGGCUAAUACCCAGCCACAUGUUCUCUUCUGGAGCAUUCUGUGGGCUUCCACUAUCACAUGGUCUCAAUGUCCUGAGAUUUGGGCAAAAUGUUCCAAGCCUGAGACCACCUCCCAGCUGAAACCUUCUGCCUGGAGUGAAGUUGGACAGAACUAAUACACAUCAGAUGGAUUUCUCAGUAGGAGCAGCACCAAACAACCCUGGAUAGAACAUGUUCUGGACACAGGAGCAGUCCAAAUCGGUCUGUCCUUUUGGGUGGUCUGGAAGCUCAUCAGUUGGUCUUUAGUUUCUCAAGUAUUUUUGCAUCCCCAACUGUCAUGCCACACCCCUGUACUUUAGGGAGAGCAUGGUCCAAUGUAGACCAAUCAGGUAUGCUUUGCCCUUCUAUGCCAUUAUUGACAGAUCUGCAAUUUUCAGGCCCUUCAUGAACUAAGGAGCAGCCAGCAUGACAAGCCACACCCUCUUGACAUUCAUGUCAGUGGAGCCGGCAUCCUGCUUCUAUCUGGAACAAACAGGCAGCUGUUUCCAACAGCUUUUGCAACACAGUUGUUGCUUAUUUGCCUUAUCCUGUGUAGACAGGGAUAUUGUAACAGCUGAAUGAAGUCCCAUCUCUUAUUGUCUGGCUCAAGUGAUGUUUUAAUAAUUUGCUUUCAUCCUGUUGCCAUAAAACUUAGGUGUUAAAACCCCUUUGCUUUAAACAUAACAUUGAAGCAUUCUUCAGUUGAGUCAGGUACUGAAGUUUAACAAGCACUUCUAUAGUUUUACAAUUAAAUGUAUUCUUCUCAGCCUUCUCCAUAAAAAACAUGUAACAAAUACACUAGUAUUUUGACUUAUUUGUAUGUUUUCCAAAAAAAUGUUUCUGAUGGUAGUAUCCUGGUAAUCUUUCCCUGAUUUAUAUUUUUCUGGUUAAAAAUCAGUUUUGGAAUCUAUACCCCAAAAUAUUUUCAUUCAGCAAGGAAAACUUUUUUAAAGAUUCAAAUUCCAUGAAAUGAAAAGGCCCCAAAACUCCUAGUAAUGGUUGCCAACAAUGCAGAUGUUUAACACUGGUCUCAUUUCUUUUGUUAUUCAGAGUUUUGUAAAAAGGAGCAACAAAUUAGCCGAUGCACAGAGAGACAAGAACUCAUUAAGGAAUGAAGAGGGAACAGAACUUCGGCCUAUUGUGAGAUAGACACUCAUGAGAUAUUUGUACCUGGAAAAAGUUUCCUUCUUAGAGGAACCACUUACAGAAUAAAUGAUUAGGCCUGAUGUGGACCCUAGUCUUCCCCAUUGCUUUGGUAACUACUGUUUGACUAAGUUACAAUACUGGAACCACCAGCUGGAACAGAAAACCUCUUUUAAGACCAUGUUUAUAGGGAUCAAUAAAAGAGCACAAUAUGUAGAGACUCACUUCAGGGCAUAAGUGAAAAGGACACUCUUCACAACCAAUAAAUAAACCUUAAAAAAUAUUUUUUGUUAAUAGAGAUAAUCUGGAAUGUUGGUCAACUGCAGAGCAGGACUUGUCUUUAUUCAUACAAUCCUGGAACUAUGCUAAUAGUUCCACUUUCACAUUAAUUUAGCUGGUAACUUUUCAAAUUACAAUUCUUAGAUUUAGUGAUAAUAAAAACAGAAAAUUUUAAACUCUCACCAGAAAUACCACCUGAACUGGGCAUGGCAUAAAAUGGAGACAGAAGUUUAACCAGAUAAAACUUUGUUAAAAUCACAAGGCUCUCUCUUACACAUCAGCAGACAUUCUGGAGGAGUCUCUUCAGCUCUCUGUGAGAACUGUCUGGAGGAAGACUAUUUUAUACUACUUAUGCCUGGACCCCAUCCCCAGAGAUUUAGAUUCAAAUGGCCUGGGGUAGAGCCCCUUGUUGGGGCUUUUCCUUUUUCGGAUUAAAACAAAUAGAAACAUUUUACAUGUUAAUUGACAGCCUCUCUUCAGUUAGAGGAUCUGAAAGAAUUACCCACCACAUCCUCCUCUCCUAACAGGAGGACCCAACUUGUUUGGCAUGGCAAGUAGUCAGAUAUGUAGCUUCCAAAAACUCCUCUUCAAAGGUAAUUUAAGCUUAUCCUUAACAAAUGGAAAUUAAGACUUUUUUCUUGCAUAGCACUGUUGAAGUAACUCCCAUGGUCUCCUUUAGGAGAGUCGUCUGAAUCCUGCUGUCAUUAGCUAUGUGCAGUGGCAAGUACCUUACCAUUUUUCUAAGCCUCAGUCGCUUUAAGCACAGAAUAUGGUGUUGUAUGGAAUUAAAUAAAAUAACAUUAAAGUACUCAGGAAAGAGCAGCUUUUUGUUUUCUUAAUCUGAAUCUACUACCUAUCUCAAUAAAAGCCAGAAAAUAAUCA